AUGUCGGGACAUGGCAACGCCGCUAAUUCGGCGGGCACUUCACCAGACAGAGGCCGAAUCAGCCACGUAAAUAGUUCCUUUACUACUCUCCACCAAUCACCGCCUUCCAUCUGUCUGGAUAAUGCGACAGUCAAGACAUACGGACCUUUGCUUAGCGCUUAUGACUUGUAUAAAACAGUGAGCUCAAUAGAGGAAAGCGAGUCUGUGAUAGUUGCUGUAAUUCAGAUUAGACACACACCUCUGAAUAUUUUUUUGGCAUUCAGCGGAUAA